CAAACCAGAUAUUAUUAUCGCACUCUCUCGAUUUCACAAUCGAAACCAAAGCCUGGAGAGCAGCGAUGGCAGACACUCUAAGCGCUCUGAGGUCUCUAAUGGCGUCUCACUCUCCUCCUCUUGACGCCUUGGUUGUUCCCUCCGAAGAUUACCACCAGAGCGAGUAUGUUUCUGCUAGAGACAAACGACGUCAAUUCGUUUCUGGCUUCAGCGGAAGUGCCGGUUUGGCUCUGAUAACUAAGAAUGAAGCAAGGCUUUGGACCGAUGGCCGGUACUUUCUGCAGGCAAUGCAGCAGCUUAGUGACCAGUGGCAGCUUAUGCGAAUGGGGGAAGAUCCUGCUGUGGAUGUCUGGAUGGCAGAUAAUCUUCCUGAAGGUGCUGCCAUUGGUAUAGACCCUUGGUGUGUAUCAAUAGACACUGCACAGAGAUGGGAGCGUGCUUUUGCCAAGAAACAACAGAAUUUAGUUCAGACUUCCAAAAAUUUGGUAGAUGAAGUUUGGAAAAGUCAGCCCCCUCCGGAAAUUAAUCCAGUAGUUAUUCAUCCUUUGGAGUAUGCUGGUAGGUCUGUAGCAGAUAAGUUGAUGGAUGUGAGAAAAAAGCUUGUCCAAGGGAAAGCUCGUAGUAUAAUCAUCUCUGCACUUGAUGAGGUUUGCUGGUUGUAUAAUAUUCGCGGGACUGAUGUUGCUUACAGUCCAGUUGUUCAUGCCUUUGCCAUAGUUACUAUGAACUCAGCUUUCUUCUAUGUUGACAAAAGGAAGGUUUCAUCAGAGGUAAACUCAUACCUGGAAUCAAACGGGAUUGAAGUUCGGGACUAUAAAGCAGUGAGCUCAGAUGUCAGCUUGCUUGCAUCUAAUCAGCUUAAAUCCUCAAUAGAAAUUAAGGGAAUGGGAAAUGGUACAAUCGAAGCAGAAGAAAGUAAUAAUGAUCUCACAUGGGCUGACCCUGGUUAUUGCUGUUAUGCUUUGUAUUCAAAGCUCAACCCUGACGAGGUUCUCUUGCAGCAGUCACCUUUGGCCCUUGCAAAAGCUCUUAAGAACCCAACUGAGUUGGAAGGGUUAAAGAAUGCUCACAUUCGAGAUGGCGCUGCUGUUGUACAAUAUCAUGUCUGGUUGGAUCAACAGAUGCAGGAGAUGUAUGGAGCUUCUGGUUUCUUUUUGGAGGGGGAAACAGAUAAGACAAAACAGUCGAAAACUGCGAAACUAACUGAGGUUACUGCAAGUGAUAAGCUGGAAGGCUUUCGAGCAUCAAAAGAGAACUUUAGAGGAUUAAGCUUCCCUACUAUUUCCUCGGUUGGUCCAAAUGCUGCCAUUAUCCAUUAUUCACCAAAAGCAGAAACUUGUGCCGAGAUGGAUCCAGAUCGCAUAUAUCUUUUUGAUUCUGGAGCACAGUAUCUGGACGGAACAACUGACAUAACCAGGACGGUUCAUUUCGGGAAACCCUCAGCUCAUGAAAAAGCAUGCUAUACGGCAGUUCUAAAGGGUCACAUUGCUCUAGGAAAUGCUCGUUUUCCUAAUGGAACCAAUGGUCAUGCCCUGGACAUUCUGGCUCGAAUUCCUUUGUGGAAGGAUGGUCUCGAUUAUCGACAUGGUACUGGUCAUGGAAUUGGAUCUUACUUAAAUGUUCACGAAGGACCCCAUUUGAUUAGCUUUAGACCUCGAAAUGUCCCUCUGGAAGAUUCUAUGACUGUGACAGAUGAACCUGGAUACUAUGAGGAUGGGAAUUUUGGUAUAAGAUUGGAGAACGUGCUGGUUAUAAAGAAAGCUGAUACAAAAUUCAACUUUGGUGACAAAGGCUACUUGCAAUUUGAGCAUAUUACAUGGGCACCUUAUCAGAGGAAGUUAAUUGAUGUGAGUCUUUUAACACCAGAAGAGUUGGAAUGGUUGAACUCCUACCAUUCCAAAUGUAGAUCUGUUCUGGACUCAUACUUGGAUGAAUCUGAAAAGGCAUGGCUGAAGAAAGCCACAGAAACCAUUUGUGUGUGAGCUGCGUUCUCCUUCUCUCGGAACAACAUUGUGGGCUUGUUAUUUGUUUAUAUAGAAUUGAUAAAAAGUGCAAAUGGUAUAGUUGCAUGUUAUGUUUUUUUUUAAAUGUAAUGCAAAAUUUGCUGCAUUCUAUUGAGAUCUUUACUUGGACAUGCUA